GCUAUUGGUCCUGUGCCUCGCGGCGCAUCUCGUAGCCCCGUAGCCAUUGGGCCGUGCCCCACGCCGAGCCCUCUCCGCUCCGGGGUCCUGGUGCCCCGACCGAACCGCACUUAUCGCGGCAGUCGGAACAAUGGCCCGCCUGGACCGGGACAAGAGGUUAAAAGGACAUGCAGACUGCGACUCACCACCUACCCCCACGCCAAGCACCAUGUCAGACACAAAGGAGAAACUCAGGACCGACUCUGAGGGCGACGUGUCAGUCGUCGCCCAAGUCGACGACCUCAUUGCCGCCGAGGGCGAGUUCACUGAGGAAGAGUACAGCUGCCUCAAGCGCAAGUUUGACUGGAUCCUCAUGCCCAUGCUCAUGCUCCUGUAUGGCAUCCAAUACAGCGACAAGACGUCGCUCUCUUCUGGUGUCAUCUUCGGUCUCCGCGACGACACCCACAUGACGCUCGCCCAGUACUCGACCCUCACCGCCUUCUUCUACAUGGCAUACGCGCUAGCACAGUACCCCAUGAUGUGGUUCCUCCAGCGCGUACCCCUCGGUCGAGGCCUUGCCGUGUGCAUCAUCAUCUGGGGAGCCAUGGUCAUGCUCCUCGCCGCCUGCAACAACUAUGCCCAGCUCGCUGCUGUGCGCACAUUCCUGGGAUGGUUUGAGGCUGUCGUCACCCCCGGCUUCGCCCUCUUCACCUCAUCGUGGUACCUGCGUCGCGAGCAGACGCACCGUCAGAACCUGUACUACUCGAUGAACACCUUCUUCGCCAUCGUCUUCGGCCUCGGCAUCUACUACAUUGCCAAGAACGCACAAGACCGUGGUGGGCUCGCCGCGUGGCGGGUUAUCAACCUCUUCCUUGGUUCCGUCACCGUGGGCCUCGGCAUCAUCUUCCUCAUCUUUGGAGGCACCCCCGAUGAGGUCUGGUGGCUCACUGCGCGCGAGAAGCGCAUGGCCAAAGCCCGCAUCAUCUCCAACGGCACCGGAACAGGAGGACAGCACAAGUGGGACUGGUCGCAGGUGAAAGAGUGCCUCUACGACCAGCAGUUCUGGCUCGCGGUGGUGUACAACAUCACCAGCAACAUCCCCAAUGGCAGUAUCACGACGUUCAACACCCUCGUCAUUCAAUCAUUCGGCUUCACCAACCUCCAGACGAUCAUGUACAACCUGCCCGGAUACGCUGUGGCGUGUACCUCGAUUGUGGCGUGCGGCUUCGCGGUGCACUACUGGCCCAAGACGCGCUUCCCCCUCGCGAUCAUUAUGCAGAUGUUCACGUUCGUCGCGCUCAUCUACGCCGGCACGGACAAGCACUCGGGCAAAUGGACCAAGUGGGCUAUUUGGACUGUCUUCAGCCACCAGUUUGCCAUCGGUUGCUUCCUCACCGCGUGGCCCAUGAUCUCGCUCAACGUCGCCGGUCGCACCAAGAAGUCGUUCUUCGGCGGCUCCUCCCUGCUCGCCUACUGCAUCGGCAACAUUAUCGGCUCGCAGGUGAUGCGUCCCUCCGACGCGCCGCGUUACUUCAAGGGUCUGACCGUGUCGGCCGUCUUCAUGCUCUUCUCCACUGUCAACCUUGGCCACUGGUGGUGGUACCUCUGGUGGCAGAACAAGAAGCGUGACCAGGAGUUUGCCGCCUCGGGAAUGACCGUCGAGGAACGCGAGCACCUCAACCGUGUUGCUGGCGAGAACGAUGUGACAGAUCUGAAGAACAAGCACUUUAGGUACAUCUACUAGGUUUGUAGAGAGAUUAUUGUAUGGGGAUGAAUUGGUUGGUG